AUGCCACAUAUCCGUCACCACAAAAGGCACCACACAUGGCCACAGUGCGGCUCAGAAAUGUUUAUGCGUGAACCUCGUGGCCUGGAAAUACAUGUAUCUCAGCUGGGUGGUGGCCCCGCAACUUAUAUCCCACUGUCUUUUCAACAAGCUAUGGCGGCUCCCCUCAGCACAGAAGAGUUACUUUGUGAUGAUAUGGGAAUGCCAGAACUCUCCCGCCAACCAAAACGAAUGCCUUGGCUCUGGUUCCAAUCAUCCAUCAAGGGGAGAAGCGAUCAGAGAUCGCUGUUGGGGUCGCCCCGCCAGACGAAACAGGCUUACCGGAGUGUUCUGCGUCGGUUGACACGUCGGCCGCCAUUGAACAGGACUCGCUCUUUGAUCGUCGUCCCUCCAAAUAUGGGAGCCGGUGAUCUAUAUACAAUUUCUGGUUUGGUAGUACCCCGGAAUUUGGCUAAGCAGGCUGUUUCAUCGGACUUAGGCAGGGUGAAGUCGUCUGUGGCUAGAGCUGACGCAGCAGGAUUCAUGGCCGAAAGACGACAUCGGAGGUGUCAUUCUGAACAACCACGCGCAUGGAGAAAACCGAGCGCUACAUUGUGGACACUUCAGGAACACGAAGAAUGA